CUGUUGUGAUUGAUGCUGUUUUGUUCUAUCUAUUCUACAUGGUUCAAAAUGCUCUUUACAAUGUCAGAAUCCAAAAUACGAAGAUAUGAAAUUUGUUAUUUUGAGUUUUACUAUUUGCAAAUGCAUUUCAAGUUGGAACUUCUUAUUUUUUUAAAUAGGAAUUACCACAUUGCUUUAUCUCUAUCUUUCUCAAUGUAUUUUCAAUGUUGCAAUUCAACACAUGCUCCGAUACUUCUACCAGACGGUUCACCAGUCGUCGUUGGGAGAUCAGCAGAGACUAAAAUAUCUGAUAAAUUGUGUUCAAGAAAUCAGUUGGAAUUGGUUGCAAAUUACAAUCAAAAAUAUGUUAUGGUCAAGCAACUUGGCAGUAAUGCAUCUCAGAUAGAAGGGAUUGAUAUCGGACAUAGAAAAACUGACAGACUUCAUGCAGGACAAACGUUACAUGUCGUUGAUAUGAAAUAUCCUCACAAGAUUGCUAUAUGUAUCCCUAAUUCAGGAACUACAUCUUCCAAUACCAAGAAAACAAAACUACCUCAGGAGGAAAACACAUUCAGCAAACGACAAAAAAUGACUGAAAAAGUAGCAAAAAAUAUUUCCGAUGAAGAAAACGAAGCAAAUGCAAAUAAUAAAAAUAAUUCAGCACAAAAACCUUCCUAUCAUUGGAGUCAAGGUUUGAAAGGAUCAAUGGAUGAUCCUAGUUUGAGAGUUUCCAAAGAUGAUAAAGUUGUUGUCAUCAAAGAUAAAUAUCCAAAGGCAAAGUAUCAUUGGCUGGUUAUGCCGAUAGAAAAUAUUAUAUCUUGUGCUCAUCUUAGAUCUGAACAUCUACCUCUUCUAAAACACAUGGUAAAGGUCGGUGAACAAACAAUUGAGGACAAUAUUUCAGAAAAUGACAAGCCGAAAACUGAAUUUCGAUACGGUUAUCAUGCUGUUCAUAGUAUGAGUCAUCUUCAUAUGCAUGUUAUCAGUCAAGAUUUCGAUUCUGAUGCAUUGAAGACGAAGAAACAUUGGAAUUCAUUCACUACAGAAUAUUUUGUUGAUGCAGAAGAUAUUAUAAAUGAAAUUGAAAAAGAUGGGAAAGUGAAAAAUAGAAAGCACAUGGCAGAUCUUUUGAAAGAACCUUUAAGAUGCCACAUUUGUAAACGGGAUCAGAAAAACAUGCCAGAACUGAAGAAACACAUUCUGAAAUGCAGCUGAUACUUGGACAAAAUAGUGUUGGAGAUAACAUGCAUUUUUCCAACAUUUGUUUCAACGAGACAGAAACGAUAUAACACGAGAGCAAAUAUGAUCGGUCAAGAUUAAUGGCGCAGGAAUGCUCCUGGUUACCCAUGGGCGGGAGUUCAAGCAAUUUAUUUUCAUUGAUUCUAUGCGUGAUUGUUAAAUUAUCAUGAAUGUUUGUUGGUUUGGCGCCAAUACGGUACGGACCCUAGUGGCAGUUUGUGAUGUAAAACUUGACCUGUUUUGAUUCUAUUGAUGAAAUAAACUUACGAGAAUUUCUAA